CGCACCUUGUUGUUUCUAUUGGAGGCGUCUCGGUGCCCUGUUUGAUAGAUACUGGCUCCAUGGUGUCGACUAUUACAGAGAGCUGUUUUAGGUCUGGGUUCGAACCAUGGGGCCAGGAUCAGUUGCAGUCAUGCCACUGGUUGCAGCUCAGAGCCGCCAAUGGAUUAGAAAUCCCUUACAUAGGGUAUAUAGAAUUGGAUGUUGAACUGUGUGGUCGCAUCGUAUCCAAGUGCGGGAUACUGGUGGUUCGUGACCCUCCAGGUGGAAGCACUAGUGUUCCCGGCAUUCUGGGAAUGAAUGUUCUUAGUCGCUGUUACCAUGAGCUUUUCGGACAGUAUGGACCCACUUUAUUUGAGCUACCUCUAGUGACGCAGGACGCAGAAUUGGCUCAGGCUUUCCAAACCUGCCAAAAAGUAGAUGGCGUUCUCACGCGUGAAGGUAAUGUUAAAAUUCGUGGGCGGCGAGUGUGUCGUAUUCCAGGGGGCACUCUAAAAUUUGUAACCGCAACUUGUGCGUCGGUAUUCAGUGAUAAGAUUGUGCUAUUCGAGCCACGUGAGACCGGGUUGCCGGCUGGUUUACUAGCCUCUCCGUCCUUAGUGCGUGUGAAUGGUGGUACCGUUUGGGUACCCAUCGUUAAUGUUGGUGCUCUCGAUGCCGUUUUAUAUCCCACCACUGUUCUCGGGACGUUGCGAGAAGUGUAUUUGGUGGAUUCCCCUACCGGGCUGACCGAGAUAUCACAGGUUAAGGCUCAGAUCGCAACCUGUGAUACAAUGUCGGCGUCGGAUGUGGGGCACGUCGAUAAUGUAGAACUGAGCGGGUUAUCCGAUGAGGAGCAGAAACAGGUGAGGGCACUCCUUCGGGAGUUUCAGAGUGUGUUUUCCACUGGUGACGGAGAUCUGGGCUGUACUGAUCUCCUGUCUCACGAAAUUCCCUUAAUCGAUGAGACUCCAGUCCGACAGCGUUAUAGGCGGAUUCCACCAUCUGAAUACGAGUUGGUUAAGAUGCAUAUUAGUCAGCUUUUAGACACUCAAGUGAUCCGGGAAAGCUGUAGUCCAUAUGCGUCUCCAGUCGUAUUGGUAAGGAAGAAGGACGGUAGCCUGCGCAUGUGCGUAGACUACCGUCAGCUCAAUGCUAAGACGCGGAAGGACUCAUUCCCACUGCCUCGCAUUGAGGAGACAUUAGAUUCCUUAACAGGGGCCCGCUGGUUUACUACAUUAGAUCUGGCCAGCGGGUAUAAUUAA